GAAUAUACCAGAGCCCUCUGCUACUGAGACUAGAAAACUGAUCACAGUUCCCAGGCUUCGAGGGGGAGCUGUCCAGCGAGUCGGGGUUCCUCUCUUUGAGGGGGAGGAGGGUCAAUAGUUUUGGCGGGGCAGGAAGAAAGAAGAGGCCAGGGAAUGGGGAGGGGAAGCUGACGCCCCUUCUAGCCGUCCGGUCCGGGGCGUCCCCCGCCCCCCUCCCCCCACGUGUCCACAGCUGCCCCAGCCCCUCGGAGGAAACGGCGCCGCUUCCUGCGGCUCGGGCUGGGGAUAUAGGCGUCCAGCCCCCCGCCCUGGCCCCGGCUCUGGGUCCACCAGCUGCCUUUCUGCUUCAGCUGCACUAUGGCUUCAAUCGAGACCCGCUGCUCUGGCUGUCCUCAUCUCCCUGCGACCCCAGCCAGACUUCGAAGCCCCCUCUGGCUCCUCCUCCUGCUCUGCUCUAUCCUAAAUGCCCAAGGCUCUGGUGCUCAGACAGUCCCUAAUGUCACCGACAUGGAACCCUCUACAUGGCAGAACAUGAUGACCUCAGAGCAGAACUAUGAACUAACAGCCAGACAAUGCUGGUUUUCCUAUGAGGACCACAUGAGAAACAUCAGCACAGAGCAUUGGUGUGAAUGGGACAUGAUCAGCAGGCCCUACAGCGACCUGCAAUACUGCCUGGAGAAAAUGGCAGAAUAUUUAAAGCUGGGUUUUCCCAAUUCCUUGGCUGAACAGAUCAUCUUCCACAGCCACCAGAUGUAUUUUGCCAACUGCUCACUAGAGAGGCGGCCCCUCUUCUUCGACCCCCCAGAAGAGGUGCUGCUAGCACUGAUCAUUGCUCCCAUCUGCCUCAUCCCUUUCCUUGUCACCUUGGUGGUAUGGCGGAGUAAGGACAGUGAGGUCCAGACAUAAAAUGUCCCUGCCCCUUGUCAAAAUAUUUCAGACCAAUUUCUAGUUCUUCCCCUCCCCUGGGACUCUAUUGAUAAUUCCAUCACCCCACCCUUCCUUGCUCUCAACUACUCCCUGGGGAAGUGCAGUUUGAACUUCUGGUGGGAAUGGGGGCAGAACGGGAAAGAGAAGUGGGGAUAUGGGCUCUAGAAUCACCAUGAUAAAUAAACAAGUUGGGGGGUUCCCCCUAGAGGGUCUCUAUAAAGCUCCGUGCCUGUCUUCUCUCUGAGUCUUUGUAUCUGGCAUAGUCCCUGGGCUUGGGGUAGCAAGUGUGGAAAGAGCCUAUAGUUUUCUCAUAAAAGCUUUCCUGAUCCUCUCCUCCAUUCCUGCUCCUUCCUCUGAGGGUAGGGCCCUUCCUGCCACUACUAACCCAGCUCCAGGAAACAUUCAGGAAACAACUCCCAUCCGCCCUGGAUAGGGAGAUAGGGUGGGGAGGGAGGCGGGGAUGAUAGCAUCCCUGCUUCAGUGCCCUUAGGUUUCUUUUUAGGGCCUCAGAGGCUAGGGAUGCUAAGGAGAUUCAUCUAAAGUAGGUAGUAUGCACCAGAGGUCCUCUCCCUGUUACACUGAGCUCCCUGCUAGUCCCUCUCCCUCCCACCCAUCCCUGCAUCCCCCCAGCUGGAGGCAUCCUCAACAAUGCUGGUCAUCAAACUGCAACCUGACCAAAUGCUGCCCUCUGGUGUCCACUCAAGUCAAGGAUACCCGAAGCUGGCUGGGUCCAGUGAAAUGACCCAAAGAUGGCAGACCAGACUCUAGCAUGCUAUACUUGCUAGUUUCUCCAGAACAUAAUUACCUACUUCUUAUGAUCCCAUGUCCUCCCCAAGAAUACACCUGCCCAUUUCUUUGAACACAGGGCCUCCUCCAGGUAUACAUCUGCUUUAGACACCCCUACCUGCUCUCUGGAACUUAACCACACCUUUCCUCUUUAUGAGCGAUAUCCAUGUGCCCCAGUUAUGUUCCCUGGGACACACCUAUUUGUCUCUUUUCAUGGAUACACACCCCUUAUUUCCCAUGAACAUACCUGUCUGAAAUCUGGGAUAAACUUAAAUUCCUUCAAGCAAACUCCUUUCCUUCUCCAUUAAAAUACUUGACAAGUACAUGGUCUCAUUCAAAUGACCCUUAGGGUUAAGAGGUGGAGUCCUAGAAAAAGGACUUCUGGGAAAGAAGCAAGCUCUGACACAGGAUUCUGGAGGGCUGAGGAAAGAGAACAGACAAAAUACACUCUCCCCUAGUAAUCUCCUUGCCAAUCGGUACCCAGGGGAAAAGACACAAAGAUGCCUGCACUGGAGACAUUUCAGAGACCUUCCAGACAAUGCAGAUGUGCCACUCUUGAGCUCCAGAGGCUUACUUAAAUGGGAUUUUCCCUCCUGAAUGCCAUACAAACCAGCUGAGAUAGAUACCGGUGCUCAAGGGCAGCCCAAUUAUUUGCAAAUAAACCAGUCAGAGUCUUUUGUUAAAUUACGCCCUACUCUUUGUAAUCCCAUGGACCCAUAGCCCCCCAGUACUGUCCAUGAGGUUUUCUUGGCAAAGAUACUAAAGUAGUUUGCCAUUUCCUUUUCCAGUGGAUUGAGACAAACAGAAGUUAAGGUUAAGACUUGCCCAGAGUCACACAGCUAGUAAGUUUCUGAGACUGGAGUUGAAUUCAGGUCGUCCUGACUCCAGGACCAGCACUCCAUCCACUGAGCUACCUAGCUGCCUCUUAUUGUUCCUUAAAUCUCUAUAUACCAUUGCAGGGGGCAGCACCGUUAUUUCGAAUAUAUUUUCCCUAUUCCUCUGGGACUUGUUUGGUUACUAGGAGGCAGUUUGGUGAUUAAGUGGAUAGUACUGGGCAUGGAGACAGGAAAACCCAAGAGGUCUCUAUCUGCACCAGUUUCUUCAUCUAUAAAAUGGGAAUAAAUAAUAAAGUUGUCAGGAUAAAAUAAGACUAUUUUAAAGUACUUUGCACAUCUUAAAAGAACUAUAUAAAUGCUUGCUGUUAUUACUACAGUGCUAGAAAUGUCUAUCCUCCAAGGUCCUACCCUUUUUGUCUUCUUCUCCAUAGGAGAGAGAUAUGUUUGGUCAUCUCCCUGAAUGGGUGGAAACUUUCUGUGUGUGUGUGUGUGUGUGUGUGUGUGUGUGUGUGCCCACAGCACAGUGGUGGAGAAUUGGCUCACACUAACAUGGACAUCCUUUCUUUCUACUGAUAUGCAAUUUAGUUGCCACAUUACUUACCCUAUCUGUGGUCAGUUGACUCCCUACCCUCAUAUAAAUUAUUCUGUAUCUGUUCUUCACAUCUUGAUGCUUCAAUGUUCUCUAAUUUCUUUGUUCACACUUCUCUUGAAGGGCUGGCUAGCUGGUUUGUGCUAAUGGCCAGCCUCAUUCUUCCUUCUGCUCCCUUUGUACAUUUGUAAUAGGAGGGGACAGACUAUAGGCUCCUGCCCUUUCUUUUUUCCUUCUACCUUUACCACCUGGUGCAGAGACUUGACUUUAUAGCCUUGUUUGCCAAGGGCUUCUCCUACUCCUUAGAAACAAAGUUCCCUGAACUGCUGUGUACUCAUGGUGAGAAGGCUGCUGUUUGUUGGCUCUUUUCCAAUUCAUUUCAUUCUAACCCAAUCCAAUCCAACAAGCUUUAAAAAAAAAAAAAGAUUUUUAAGGAUAUAUUUUGUUUUUGCAGCACUUUCAUUUCCAAAUAUAUCCCUUUCCCCUCCCCUAACCAGCAACCCAUCUCUUUUAACAAGGAAUCUUUUAUUAAACAGAAAGAGAGAAAAAGAAAACAAACAGUGAAGCAAAAUUAAACAACAUACCAACAGAACCUGACAAUAUAUGCAAUGUUCAACACUCAUCUUCUCUCACUUUUGCAAAGAAGUGGGGAGGUGCAUUUUUUUUUCAUCUCUUCUCUGGUGCCAAGCUUGGUCAGUAUAAUUAUUCUAUGUCCAGUUUUUCUCUCUCUCUUUCUUUUUUUGGCCUUUCCAUUUCCAUUUUUGUCUUCCUAGUUCUGCUGAUGUCAUUCUUCCUCACUUUAGAGGUCUUAUCAUGUUUCUCUGAAUUUUUCAUAUUCAUCCUCUCUAAUACCACAGUAAUAUUUAAUUACACGAAUGCACCAUUCUUUGUUUAGACAUUCCCAAUGGAUAGAUGUCAACAUGGUUUCCACUUCUUUGCUACCACAAAUAAAAAAUGCUUCUAUAAAAA